AUGUGAAAAAAUGUAUAAAAAAUAUCUAUUAUUUUUAAUUAUAAUUUUCAAAAAUAUAUAACACAUAUACAAGUUUUAAGAUAGUUGAAAAUUUCUAUAAAUUUUAUAUAAUUAAGAUAUAAUUUUAACUUUGUAUAAUUGGAAUUUAUCAUACACGUAAAUUUUUUUGUAUCAAUAUCAUAUGUUGAACACGUUUUCUUCAAGUGAGUUGCUGCAUACUAAUAUUGAUUCGAAGAGAUCUAUUAUUACCGAAUCGAUUAUCAAUUAUGUAUAGUGAAUAAUAAUCAUAGAUACCAUAUAUAUGUGUGUGUGUAUAUUUAUAUUACUUGUUUACUGAAAUACAUUCAAAUUAUAGAAAUAUUUUAUUGUUUUGUUAUUAGCGGAAUGCAUUUAAAACGUGGAUUAAAAUUGAAUGCUUAUUUAUUCAAUUUAAACAAAACAAAAUUGUUACAACUGUAUAAAUUGCAAUUAUAUAUGUACAAAAAAAAACUAUACAUGUUAGCAAUUUUGAUCUUUAUGCACGUAUUAUAUAUUAUCAUGUGUAUUAGUGAGACCACCAUGCCGAUCAUUGUACCGGCAUGAAUGCAAUGCAAACUCUUUUACGAGAGAUGACACGAUCGUAAACUUCGCAAUCGUGAAAGGAUCGCAAAAGAUCGUGGUCUUUCGCUGGUCCCGACCAUGGGAAACGAAGCUGGAGAACGGGACAAUCCGGAGAGAACGAGCGUGUCUUUUUAGCUAUAAACGGCGAUCACGCCUACAAGUCCUGGGCUCCAGCCGGCGCCAGUUACAAGUACGCGCGCGGAACAAGUUGCCGAUUGAAAACGAAGAAACAGCAAGAAUGCAAAGGGAGGAACGUGAUAGUGGCCACCCCCUCUUCGUCUGUAUGGAAUAGUCAUGAACCGCGCGUCCAUCCGUUCUUCGUGUGCUUCGCAUGUACGUGGCUUCUAGUCGCCGAGCAAAACGCCAACAGUCGAGGAGAAACAUCCAGCGCGUGAUUCUGCUGGUUGUCCGUUUGCUGUGAACGAAAUCCGAAUGCACGGUGAAGAUGCAUCCCGGAACACAACGACGUUCAGAAUUCUGCUGGUUGAUGAUAACGUGGCUCGUCAUCGGACUUCUUGUCGACGACGCUGGCAGCGUUUGGAAGAGACGGGAGGAUAAGACCAAAUGUCCAAAAGUAAAGGGUAUACGCAACUUUGAUAUAUCUAAGUUUCUCGGAUCGUGGUACAUAGUACAGUACUAUGCAAGCUCAGAGGAAGCUCUCGUGUACAGAUGCAUGAGAGCUGAGCUCUCUGUUUCUCCCGAAAACGCCGAAGUUACCAUGAAUUUCACUUACAGUUUUACUGAUGACCCCAUUAACGAGCUGCUCGUUGGUAAUAUCACGUGGAAAAUCCCCUCGCCGGAUUUACCUGCUCAUUGGAUGCACGCUGAGUUAUCAUACGAAGGAGUGUACAAUACGUACGUGUUAGAUUCGGAUUAUAAAUCUUGGGCGUUACUAAUGCAUUGCGCUGAAAAAAGUAAAAGUCCACGAUAUUUAUCUAGCUUUAUCAUGAGUCGUGAAGCGAGCCUCGGGGUAAACGUCAUUUCUUAUCUUCGAGAGAAACUGCCUAGGUAUGACAUCGACUUGGAGUACAUGUUCCCUAUGGAUCAAAAAGAAUGCAAUAAGACGGACAAUUCGGAAGAUGUGUUUGUACCGGCGCUAGAAUCAGCUAAAAGAACCCAUAUCACUAGAAGACAUCCGUUGAAACGAAAACAUAGACGUCAAUAAAUUUCGCUCAAAUCAAACAUCUCUCCGUUACUUUGGGCUAAUUUUAUUAAUUCAAUUAACAACGUGUUAUAAUAUUCUUCGUCUCUUCCUCUUAUUUAUAAUUACAUAAUUGUAAUGAA